AUUGAUAUUUUAUAGUCUCUAUAUUUAUUUAGCAUAGUGAUUAAUUUAAAUGUUUAUAAGAAAUAAUGUCAAAUUCAAUAAAUGAUAUUGAUUUUUCCUAUUCAAAUAAAAACAGAUUAAAUUCUUAAGAUAUACAUAUAUAUAUAUAUAUAUAUAUUUCUUUUUAUAUUUUUCUCUCGAAAAAGGAUAUUUAUUACAUAUAAAAAGAAAACAAAAGAAAACAAAAGAAAAUUAUUGAAUACAUAUAAUUUAACAUAAAUAAUUCUAUGAUCAUAUUGUCUAUUCUAAUUUACAAUAUGAUAUGAUUACUUGGACUUAUAAAUAUGUGGAUUAUUAUUAUUAUUUAAAUUGUAUAAAAUUAUAUUCAUUUAAUAAAAUUUCUCUAUUUAUAUUUAUUUAUUUAAUAUUACAAUUACCAAAUUUAUGUGAUUCAAUUGAAUCUAAUAUAAAAUGGUUUAUAUAUUCAAAUCAAUUAGUGGAUACAUUUUCCGUAAAAGAUUUGAUUUCAAUGGGUCAAGGCAACAUCUUCUAUCAUCUUCAUUCUGGAAAUUAUACAAACCUCUUAGAAUUACCUCACCUGAACAGUAUUUUCGUUAUUGGAAACAGGAACGCAAUAUUUCGCUUGAAUCCAGAAAAUCUUCGACUGAUGGCUAGUUUUGAGUUGCCAUCAAAACCAAUAACAUCAUUCUGUAUGGCGAAUACAAAAACUCCAUGCAUUGAAACACCGGAAUUUAAUUUGUUACUACAAACUCAUGAUAAACAAAAUAUUUGGUAUUGUUAUCUUUAUCAAACAGUCUAUAUGAAUCAGAAUGUCAUUCCAAAUGUACAGUCUGCAAGAUGUGAAAUACCUUCACCGCUUAAUUUAGAACCUGAAUCUCGUUUAGUUCAAUGGGAAAAUUCUGUAUACUCAUCACUUGAUAUAAAUCGUCCAGGUGUAAGUCUAAUGGGUAGUGAUGGUUUCUUGUAUAGCUCUGGUUGGUUUCAUGGAGCAAUGCGAAUACAUCGUUCGAGAUUACCAAAUUUUGAUGGGAAAGCUAAUUGGAACCAAUUCUUGGCUACUCCACCAGAUGAUGUCUUUUUAAAAGAAUCAACUCAUUUCAUCUGUGCAUUUGAAACAUCGGAUUCUGCUUAUUUCUUAAUUCGUGAAUUAAAAUCACCAACAUGUGAAGCUAGAAUUCAUAAUCGUUUCGUACAAACAUCUAGUUCUUUUGCUGAUACUGAUAAUGUUCAAUUUUCCUCUUCAUCCUCAUCAUCAUUUUCAAAGUCUUCAAUAAAGACAACAAUACUAUCGUCAAUCACUGAAACACCAGUUACACGCCUAAUAAGAAUAUGUAAAAGGGAUCCAGGUGGAUAUCAAUAUGUGAAUGAAGGUGAAUUUGUUACAUUUAGUAAAGUGACAUUAGAAUGUAAAUUUCAUCAAAAUCAUCCUAUAAAUUAUUAUAAUUAUAAGAUAGAAAAUAAAAAGGAACUAUUUACUGAUCCGUUACUGACUGAAUUUUCUUAUGGUCAUUCAAUAUCUGGUAAAUGGGAUCCUUUGGAUAAUAAGUUAUAUGUUAGCUAUCAAACUGGCAUGAAAUAUCCCACUGGUGAUGCACUUUGUGUUUAUGCAUUAAAUGACAUAGAAGAUGCAUUCAAUAGUCAAUUAGCACCAAAUGAAAAUUCGGGCAAAACUCAAAUAUUGCCAAAUACCUUUGAAAAUAUAUGUAAAAAUUUGGAUUCUGGUCAGCUGACAGAAUCAAAUAUAGAUAAAAUACGUCAACUACCAAGAACACAUCUAUUACGUGUUAAACAUGUGAAUCCAAUUGAUAAUCGUCCAUUAAUUAUUCGUCCUGUCCCAGGAUUACCAUUUAAACAAAUCAAUCAUCAAUUAGGCUGGUAUCAUAUAGAAAUUGAUCAUAAUGAUAAGAAUGUUAUUUUAUAUUUAGCUGGAAAACAACGUAUUGAGCGUUAUGCAUUAUUUAAUUUAUCUACGGAUGAUACCAUGGAGAUAUGUCCUUGGGAUCAAUUGACGAUUGAAGAUUUUGGUAUAGAAAAUGAAAUUAUUACAGGUAUUUAUAUGAAACAUAUCAAACCAAGUAAAGAAUUUUAUAUAUUAACAAGUAAACAUGUCAUUCAAUUACCAAAAUCGAUUCAAUUAUGUGAAACAAUUAAAACAUCAAGUGAAUGUAUCAAUACAAAUAGAAUUUCAUGUAAAUGGAAUAAUUUAUUAAAUAAAUGUGAAAUAAAUUAUAAAACAUCAAUAAAUCAUGAAAAUAUAAUAAAAAAUAAUUUUUAUAAAAAGAAAAAUGAUCAAAAUCAAAAUAAUAAAAUUUUACUCAAUAAUAUUUUUUCAAAAUUUUCUACAUUCAAUCCAAAUUUUUGUUUAUUUGAUAAAAAUAAAUUUCAAAAAAAUAUAAAUGAUCAAUUAAUUAAUUAUUGGUGGAAACAUCUUCAAGGUCAUUUGCAACAACAACAACAAGAGCAGCAACAACAAUACCAACAAAAUGAAUUAAUUCAAAAUAAUCAAUCACCAAUUAUAUGUAUGACAUCGAUAUGGUCACCUUUAUUAAAUCAAUAUCAGAAUCUUACUUGUCAUUGUCAACCAUGUAUUGACUGUACAAAUGAUGAAUUAUAUAGAAUGAAAGUUAUGAAUUGUUAUUUUCAACCAUCAUGGUCAUUCUGGUCACCAUGGUCUUCUUGUUCAUCAGACUGUGGUCAUGGGAUACGCACACGUAUGCGACGGUGUGAUAGUCCAAAACCUGUAGAAAUGAAGAUUAAUAAUCAAAAUACUAAGAAACUGAUUGGAUGUAAACAUAGUUACGACAUUCCAGUCGAUGAAAAUCCUUAUCCACCUGAAGUUGAAUUGCAAGUUGAGCAUUGUCAACAGACUAAUAAAGUUUGCAAUCAUGAAGUUUCUUCACCAAUCCUCUCUAAAGAGCAAACAUAUCAUUUAGGUGAAACUUUUCUAAAAUGGAAUGAUUGGAAGGAUUGUUCUACUAAAUGUGGGAUUGGUAUAAAAACACGUAAUUUAAUUUGUUCAACAAUUAUCAACAAAUGGGAUCAAAGUGAUACUUCACAAUGUUCUGUUGUGAAUUCUGAAACAAUUGAUACAAGGAUUUGUGAGAAUUUCACAUGUCAACAAGAAAUUGUUCACUCAGAAUGGACACCUUGGUUGAAAGUAUUGCCUAAUAAUCCACGUAUAUUAAAGUAUACAACAAUACCUGGUCGAUUAAAUUCACAAGUAUAUUAUGAACAACGUCUUCGUCAUUCAUGUAGUGUACCAUUUGAAAAAGCUAAUGAUUUACAAAUUGUUAGAACACAAAUCGUUGAGAGAAAAUGUUUCAGUAUUGAUCAAAAGUGUUCUAGUGUAUCAAACAUAAUAAACAGUCAAACUGAUGAAGAAAAUAGAAUUGUUUCUGAAACAACUGAAAGAUCUUUUAACUCAAUCUGGUCACCAUGGAGCGAAUGGUCUGAAUGUAAUCAAAAUUGUAUUCCGUUAGAAAGUAUUUCGUCAGCUGACCAACUAGAUAAACAACAGACAAAAUUUUCCAGUACCAUCCUUUAUACCUCGAAUCAAUAUCAAAUUCGUACACGUAAAUGCUUAUCUAGUGCGUGUUCACAAAAUAAUCGUUUAGAUGCUGUUAUUGAUUUACGCAGAUGUCCUUCCAAACCAGCAUGUAAAAGUGGCUGGUCAUGCUGGUCUGAUUGGUCAAAUUGUUUCUCGAUGAAAUAUGAUAAAAGGAGCAUCAAGUCUCCAUGUAAUUGGCGUGACGAUGGGAAAUCAACACGUACACGAACUUGUAUACUAACACCAUAUGAUCAAAAUCCAGAGAAACAGAAAGUAAUUUGUAGUGGAUAUGAACAAAUGAAAAAGCAAUGUAUUUGGUUUGGUAGUGAUCAAACAGAGUGUUCUGAGUUUAAUUUAACCGGCAUAUAUUCCGAUAUUCCAAUUGAUAUAAACACAAAUUAUCAUAAAACUUCAGUUUGGAGUAGUUGGUCCACUUGGUCAUCAUGUGGAUUGAUACAAACACAAACUAGUGGAAAUGAACUUCAAUUUUCCGAAAAUUCAUUGGACCCAACAAAUCCACACCUACUUGCUGUCCGAAGAAGAGAAUGUCAGUUAAUUAAUAUUGACAAUAGUGAAUUAUAUGCAGUGGAUAGUCACAGAACAGUUUGUUCUGGUUCAUGGAAUCAAAUGAAAACUUGUCCUAAUAUGGCACUGAAUAUUGCAGGAGUGUUUGGUCAUAUGAACAGAAAAAGGAUAAAAAAUAAAUUCACAACUCUUCAUAUAAUCCUAAUUGGUCUGCUGAGUUUUGUCGCCGGGAUAUUAGUGGCUGGUGUGGGAAUAAUUAUUUACCAUAGAGAAUGUCAUAAACGAUAUUUGACUAGAAAUAUUAAUGGUAAUAAUAAAAAUAACAGAAUCAGUAAGUUAAAAAGUGGAUUAGUUCUUGAAGAUGAUAUAAAUAACCUGCAUCCUAAUCAUUUGAACUUUUCACCGCCACCUCAGCCAAUUCUAACUUUGCCUAUACCAAACAUUGUAACAUCAUCUAUAAAUGAGAAUUCACUAAAUUGUGAGUACCGAAAAGCUCAUAGUAUUGUUUACGAUUCAGUAGCUUCACAAGAUGGUGUUACGUAUUUAGAGCCAAAUAUCAACUAUCAGCAAAAGCCCAACAAUGAUCAACCGAACGCAUAUAGUAGAUUUAAUUAUAUACCUGAUUCACGUUCAAAAGAUGAAGCAUUUAAUAGAAGAGAAACAACAACAACUGUGGCCAAUAAAGUAGAUGGUAUGUUGAGAAACGAUGGAUUUUGGAGUUAUCCUCGUUCAGGUCGAGUAAUAACACCGUCAAACCCACUGAAUUUUUAUGAAGAGAAUGUUUCUAACUUACCUACUCAAUAUUAUCAUGAUACAAUUGGUUAUCAACUUCGUCAUCAUCAGCAACACCAUAAUUCCAAUCCGGCUUCACAGUUUUAUAGUACAGACAUUGGUCAUUUGCUGCAAUCAAAAGAUAAUCAUGAUGACCACGGUAAAUAUCUAGAAAAUUCUCUAUCCACAUCACCUUCAGGUUAUAAACCGAGUGGAAUUUUCAAGCGAAUAAACAUCGAUACGGUACAACAAUAUUCACAGUCUCCUAUAUUAAUUCCUCAAAAUCAUCCUAAAUACCGAAGGAAAUCUCAGAUUCAUAAUCAAACUAUAAGUACGAUAUCAACACAAUUAGAACCGUGGUAUGCCUCGGCUGCUAUCGGUUUACCGAACAGUAGUGGUAAUAGUAAUAGCAAUCGUCGAUUAACGUCGGAUUAUGGCACAUCACCAAUGGAUAUGACGAAUACACAUCAAUAUCGUCAUGAACAUGUCGUCAGUCAUGAUGAAAAUAAUGAUAACCACCAUGAGGAAAGCUUUCGAUUCCCGCCCAAAAUGCCGAUCCUAUCUGAAAGGCAUAAAUUAUAUGAUGUCAACUCACAGUCUAGAUUGAUACCAUCGUUGUCAGUAUAUUCACAUCAUUCUUAUAGCUCAAACUUUUUAGAUGCCGAUAAUCGAUCAUCUGUAUGGAGUGGAGGUGAAUCAAUUCCCUUCGAAAGACCAUCUAAUCCACACUUAAGAGAACCAAAUGAAUUUUUUGAGCAACAGUCACCUUCAUCACAACCACUUCCCUCCCAAACACGUCCGCCUCACAUUACAUCGGAAGAAAUUCCUUCCUCUGUACCGGUAACAACUUAUUGUAUAACACCAUGAACUUUGGAACAUGGUUAUGUUUGUUUUUUUAAUGACUAUUUUUAGGCUAACAGACAAGACAUUAGGCUUUUAUUUUAAUUUUUUCCUAAAUUUUCUUCUUCCCCCAUACUUUUAAGUCUAAAUAACAUUAAACAUAAUACUGUGUACUUAUAGCAUGAGUAGUUAUUUGUAUUUGUGAAAGGUUGUAAACAUUGAAUUGUGCAUAGACUUAUAAGGUUAUGCAUAAUUUGUAUUUAAUUAUGAUAAACACAAAGUUUAGUUCGUGAAAUAAUAUUAGAUAAUUCAUGUUCUUUAGACUUACCUACAAAAUCACUUUACAGGUAUAAUGAUCUGGACAUAGAGUUUGAAAAUGUAUAACUAUCAUAUCUGAUAUGGAAUAUUAAGACUAAAUUAAAUACCAAGUCAGCAUACAACAAUUAAAAUUAACUCAGUAAAGAUAAUUGUGCUUAAAAGUUUCGCAAUUUGGCUAGGAGAAUUCUAAGAAUUGGUUUAAUUUGAAAGUGGAUUUCAUCACGAACUGAU